AUGGCUUCGGAAGUGUACUCCGUACGUUCUCCGUAUAGACAAGGGUUGGUCUUGGAGUUCUGUGCCCGACACAAUAGCCGACAACCCCUGCGAAGGAGCCUGCUCGCUAUACAUUCCGUUAUUGCUAGCACAGACGGCGACGGGCACGGCUUGCAGAUCUUCAACGGCAAGGCCGUCAAAGCGGAAGCCACAGGAUCAAAGCGGCAGCCACUGGACGUCAUGUUAGAGCCUGGCCGCCUGGCGUUGCCGUGA